UGUCAGCUGUCACUGUUGUCAGCUUCGUCUUAUAAACUUAUCAAACAUAUUUUUGCUAUGACGCUAUGAGAUUAGAAAUUAGAAGCCAAAUUGCCUUCAUAUUCAAUAUUUUUCUGUAAUUCUCUUUUACUGAAACUGAAAAUAAUUUAAAGAUAAAUCUAGCGGCAAGGCUUUACACCCUGAAUAUUUAAACACCUGAUCUGUGAUACAGUGAUAAACGUUCCAUCGACAAAUACAUGAAAUGAAUCCAGUUUAUGAUUUCAUCCAGAGAAAUAGAGUACUGGCUAUCGUAGAAAAAGCACAAUCAUCAAAUGCGAGGAACAUAGCAUUAGAGGACUUUGAUCUUACACAAUUUCCGUCAGUGAUUUUAAAUUGCCAGUAUUUAUACCACCUAAACAUUAGUCAUAACAAUAUCUCGGAUCUUCCCAAUGAUAUUGUGCAGUUGAAGAAUUUGCAACACCUGAGCUUAGAGUACAAUAAUUUCACAUCAUUCCCCACUGUCUUCAAAAACUUAACACAACUUGUUUCACUGAACUUGAGCCACAACCCUAUCAAAGUUUUAUCACGUGAUGUGGGGCACUUAGCAUCCCUGGAAACUUUGUGGUGCAAUAGUUGCUGUCUAACGGAACUGCCAAAUGAAAUAGGAAACUUGACAAAACUGGAAACAUUGGGUAGCAGGCAUAAUAAAAUUUGCAAGAUACCAGAUACUAUUAGUUCUUUGAAAAAUCUAACGUGGUUAACACUUGAAGAUAAUAGUUUACACACAGUUCCACCAGACUUUGGUGAUCUAGAAUCUCUCACCCAUUUGAAUCUAAACAAAAAUAACUUCAGUUAUAUUCCAUUUGCAAUAUCAAAGAUAAAAACGUUGAGAUAUCUACAUAUGCAAAAUAAUGAGCUGUUUUCUGUGCCAGAAAGAGUUGUUUUAGCAAUGCCACAAGCUAAAAUUAAUCUUCAGAAUAAUCCAUUGCAGCUUGAUAAUGAAAAGCUUUUCCCUAAUGUGAUAAUAACUGGCCAAGAAGAUAAUAUACAAGAUUUGGUAGAGGAUGAUUCAGAUUCCAGUUCAGAUGAUUGGGACAACAGUGUGGAUAGUUCUGAUUUGAAUUAUUCUGGAUCUGAUUCAUCUGAAAGCGAUAUAGAGGAAGUGCUUUCAUACAUACCUAAGUUAUCAAAAUAUGUAACACCUAGUUGAUAUUUUCCUUUAUUUUUAUUUUAUUUAUGUGAUACCAAGUCUCUGAAUGUUAUGUGAUUAUCUAAAAUAAUAGAUAAACUAUUAACCAGAGGCAACAAGUUUAUUUUAAUUGUACAGAAAUGCAUAUAUUAUAAAUAUAUU